AUGACUAACAUUAUUCUAGAGGUUGAUUUAUGUCUUUUUGACCUAGAUGGUACCAUCGUCAACACUACUAUAGCGGCAGAGACGGCCUGGACUGCGUUGUGUCGUGAACACGGUGUGGACCCUGUCGAGCUCCUUAAGUUUUCCCAUGGAGUCAGAUCUGGUGAAGUACUCAAAAAAUUCUUCCCACAGAUAGAUAAUACUGAUAAUAAGGCAACUAUUGCACUUGAGAUGACCUUAUCGGAGAAAUAUGUUGACACUGUCAGAUUAGUGGAAGGAGCCAAAAAUUUGUUACUAUCAUUAGAUAAGGACACGAAACAUCCAGGUCAGACUUUGAAAAGAAGUAAAUGGGCUAUUGUGACAUCAGGCAGUGCAAAUAUUACUCAUUCGUGGUUCAAUAAUGUUUUAAAAGAUGUGGAAAAACCAGAAGUUUUCAUUACGGCUUUUGAUGUUAAACAUGGCAAACCGGACCCUGAAGGAUACACGAUUGCUAGAAACAAGUUAUGUGAAAUCUGGCAAUACGAAGACGUUUUGAAUUGCAAGACAGUUGUAUUUGAAGACGCUCCUGCAGGCAUCCAAGCUGGUAAAGCUCUAGGGGCAAAGACUAUUGGCAUUGCAACCACAUUUCCCAAGAAAAAAUUAUUCGAAGCUGGCGCGGAUUACGUAGUACAAGAUUUGACAUAUGUUACUGUCAUUGAGAACUCCAACAACGGUAACAUAGUUUUACAGAUAAAGGAUCCAUUGAAGCCAUAA